GGCUCAAAAUACUGGAGAAAUGUAUUGAACAUCGAAAGGCAGCAUUGGAUGGUGUUAUUUCGUCCCAACAUCCUAGUAUAAGAUUGUUAGUUAUGGCAGUGAUUAGGUGUUUACUUACGAGUGUCAUAUUAUUCCAUGACUGCUUUAUUAGCUAAAGAAGGCAAAACGCAGAAUAACGAGGACUACUUAAAUAUUCAAAUGCCAGUUACCCCUUUGCUCUCCUAUAUCCCAGAUGUGGUGAGGCAAUACAGACCUCAAUCCCCAGUUUUACAAGUGGAUAAAUUGAAUGCCAAAGGCUUGGUUAAUAAUUGGCUACUCUGUGUGAAGCAAUCAGUAGAGGAGGGAUUAAAAAAAUCUCUGCAAUCUGUAACUACUGUCAAGGCUUUGCAGCUGAUUCGUGAGGAGUAUAAUAAAAUUAAGAUGCCUGAGAACUGGAUUCAAAUUUGUGUGGAUUUGCACUUUCCAGAAAGCUUUGACAUGUGGCAGUACUUUUUACAAGAUUUGUUGACCUCCAAAGCCAAAAGCCUUAUCUCCAGUAUAAUUUCGCGCAACACAGAAGAGAUUAAAAGUGAUGUUACUGCGGUGCUUCAAAAAAUUGCUAAAACUAAGGAUUUCGAGGUUGAUUUAAGAGGUUACGCCUGGACUGAGGAGCAUUCGGAUGUUGAUAAAGCAGAUCCAAGUCACACAGGUUUAAUUAUGAAAACCAAAGGGUUUUCCCAAACCCUCAUAAAUCUCUGUGGGACAGUCGACUCAAAAUAUUUAGCACUGCUAAAAGAUGUUUCGCCAUAUUUGUAUGGUGUUGAAGUGCCUGAUAGCUCCAGUAAUGGACUUGUCACCACAGGUAAAUGUAGGAAAUAUGUUGAUGGUGCCCAAUUGGAAAAUCAUUUAGCAGAGGAAUGCAUAAGUUACUCACUACGGUUACCUGCGUUUAUAGAGGAGCAAAUAAGUACCGACAUGGACGUGACCAAGGUAUCGAAAUCGUUGUUCUUUGCGAGAUUUUUGGGCGCUGCUUGCGAAAUGUGCACAAGCUUUGUUAGGUCCUGCCAAUUUAACGGCGACGCUACCGGUUGGAAUCGCGUGUGCCGCGACUUCUUGUCGUCCAGUGACCGUUUGUGGGGGAAUUGGGUCGACGCCUGCGUAAAAGUCACCGUCCAUCUUUCCAGAGAGAUGAACGACACGGGUCCGAAAAAAGUGAUUCGAGAAUUAUACAAGUGGGAUGAGAUCGAGAUCCAGGAACAAACCGAGGAGAAAACGUUCAAAUCCCAUAUCAGGGUACCGCUCAGACCUAGCGUUUCGCUCGUAACCGUUCUGGCCAAGCUCAACGCCGAUCUCGCGCAAAUACUACCGUUUACUCUGCCCAAUUCCAUACACGACCAGUUUUUAAUGCGGAACUCGCGCGUCAUUUUGGCCGAAUAUGAAAAAAUCGUCUCCCAACCCCUUAACCAGAUAACAGCGCUGCAGUUUUUGUUUGACGUGCGAUUUUUCGUUAGCCUCUGCGUUCCCAGGGAAAACGUAGAUGUAGGGGGCAACGCUCAGCGCAUUUGCGACGAGCUAAGACAAAAAAUCGACCCAUUCGACCUCGAUGUCUUCUAUUCGUACCUACAGAGUAACGUGAAGAAGGCCGUCGGGCAGCUUCAGACGAUGUUCGGGGGUCUCGUGCCUUACAACGCUCAGCCGCACGCCACUGAGACUGUGCCGGCCAAGCACAAAAGUCAAGAAAUAACGCCGUCGCUACUUGCAUUAAGUAAACCGUCGUCUGACGCUUGGUUUCCGUUGUUGCCGAUCACAGGGCCGUCGCAUAAGGUCGCCCCGCCUUCCGGUAACCUGGAAAUUAAGGAAGAACGGAAAGCCCCCGGGAAAACGCUCCACGAGUCGUUCUCCUCGAGACAGCUCGCCACUUCCAUAUUCGGAGGCAUCGCCAGCGACUGGUUCUCUUAAUGUCCCAAAUAAUGCAGUCUCUUUUUUUAAAGCUUUAAGGAAAAUAAAACAAAGCAAAAAAAAAUACUUCGCAUUUUAUUUGACACAUUCAAAGGGGCCUCGGCGAAAUUAAAAAUAAAUAUUAAAAAUAGUAACAUAUAAAAAAUAACUCAUCUAUAAAGUGUAACUGAAUAGUGACGUCUCGAAAACUUAAAACUCUUCCGGGCGGCGCCAAAGUAAAGGGAUUAUUUGCUUUUGCGUGACAUGUCGUUACAUAAGGCCUCCAUUUAAGAUAUUCCAACACACUAUCUCAAUAAAUACUACACUGAGAAAAAAUGUUAAAUACAAAAAGUGUUUGACCCUAGUAUUUUUAUGUAUACAGGGUGUUCAGUUGUGCCAGGACAGUAAUCAACUCUAUUUUUUAAAUGGAAUGCUAUGAAUAUUUGUUAAAAUUAUAAUUACAAUUCGCUUGAUUUUGGGAAUUUUUUGUCAUUACAUAAGCAUGCCAAAUUUUGAGAUUUGAUAAAAAUGAACUUUUCCACUUUUUUGCCGAAAAACAGGCCUUGGAAAAAUGUGUUUUUUUAUACUUGAAAACUAAAAUUGGAAAU